GCAAUACGUGUGUUUUGGUUUGGAGUCCGUCAGUAUUGUGUGUGCCAGCUAGCAGCAGCUCAUCAUGUACCAUCAACCUGUCUUUAAGAACAGAAGAACUCUGCUAGAGAGAGCAGAGAAGUUCAUAUCAGAGAUCUAUUUUACAGACUGCAAUCUCCGGGGACGACUCUACGGGGACUCGUAUCCACUUGAAUUUCUGACUUCAUUCCUGUCCUCUAAACGGAUUCCCUUCUCAGAAGCUGUCAGUCAGAACUUUGCUCCUUACAAGAUUGGCGAUACCUUUGGACCAACAUGGUGCACUUGCUGGUUCAAAGUGAUAUUGAGAAUACCCGAAUCCUGGAGGGGGAAGGAAGUCCAUCUUCUGUGGGAGAGUGAUGGAGAAGCGAUGGUUUGGAGGGAUGAGCAACCAGUCCAGGGAUUAACUAAAGAGGGUGAAAAGACCAGUUACAUCCUGUCUGAGUGUCUGGGAGAUGAUGACCCACACAGCGUCACCCUCUACGUGGAGAUGGCCUGUAAUGGUCUUUUCGGAGCUGGACAGGGGUCCAUGAUUGCAGCUCCGGAUCCCAACAGGAAGUACUCCGUUCAGAAGGCGGAGCUGGUGGUGCUCCACCGGGACGUCAGGGAAACGCUCACUGACUUUGAGAUGAUGGUUGAUAUCGUGAAGCACCUGGGGGAAGGAGAGCAGCGGGGCUACCAAGCCCUGUUCACCGUCAACCAGAUGGUGAACCUCUGUGAUCCCGCCCAGCCGGACUCCUUCCCCAAAGCCCGCGCUCUAGCACAGAGCUUCUUCACCCAGCGCAACGGAGGCAGCCAGCACACCGUCCAUGCCAUGGGUCACUGCCACAUCGACACAGCGUGGCUCUGGCCCUACGAGGAGACCAUCCGCAAAUGCGGCCGGAGCUGGGUGACGGCCGUACGUCUCAUGGAGAAGAAUCCUGAUUUUAGGUUCACGUGCUCUCAGGCCCAGCAGUUCCAGUGGGUGAAGAGCUGGUACCCCGGACUCUACGCGCAAAUCCAGCACUUUGUCAAGAAAGGCCAGUUCAUUCCGGUUGGAGGCACAUGGGUGGAAAUGGAUGGCAAUCUUCCGUCCGGUGAGUCCAUGGUCCGUCAGUUCCUGGAAGGCCAGCGCUUCUUUCACCAGGAGUUUGGGAUCUACUGCAAAGAGUUCUGGCUUCCAGAUACUUUUGGAUACUCAGCACAACUGCCACAGAUCAUGCAGGGCUGCGGCAUCUCCCGGUUCCUCACCCAGAAGCUGAGCUGGAACCUGGUCAACACAUUCCCUCACAACACAUUUUUCUGGGAGGGUCUGGACGGCUCCCAAGUCCUCACCCACUUCCCGCCAGGAAACUCCUACGAGAUGAAGGGCAGGGUCGAGGAAUUGGUUAACACUGUGAAGAAUAACAAAGACAAAGGCAGAGCCAAUCAUAGUGCAGCUCUGUUUGGCUUCGGCGACGGAGGCGGUGGACCCACGCAGCUUAUGCUUGACAGACUGACGCGGGUUCAGGAUACAGAUGGUCUUCCAAAGGUCCGGAUGUCAACUCCUGACCAGUUGUUCUCUGAGCUCCUGGCCGACUCCGCCCUGCUGUGCACGUGGUCCGGGGAGUUGUUCCUGGAGCUUCACAACGGCACCUACACCACCCAGGCCAAGAUAAAGCGAGGGAACCGGCAGUGCGAGUCUUUGCUCCAUGACAUCGAGGUGGCCAGCAGCUUGGCUCUGGGCCAGGACAAGGCCUUCCACUACCCUCUGGAACAGCUGCAGGAGCUCUGGAGGCUGCUCCUUCUCAACCAGUUCCACGACGUCAUUCCCGGGAGCUGCAUUGAGAUGGUGGUGGAAGAUGCACUCCGAUAUUAUCAAGAUAUCCUCCGUGUUGGAAGCGGUCUUCUGGGCGAUGCCUGUAGACACCUCGGCCAGAGGGACCAGAAGGGGGACGCCCCCGCUGUGUUCAACUCCCUGCCCUGGGAGCGUAAUGAGGUGGUCCAGCUCCAGGAGGCCACUGGUCCACCAUCGCUAGCUUUAGUGAAGGUUCCCAGCGUUGGCAGGGCCCUGGUCACGGACACACAACCAGCUAUUCCAGUUUCUGUCACGGUUCAGGCCGAUGGAACGGUCCUCAUGGAGAAUGGGAUUUUGAAAACGAUCAUAAACAAGGACGGCAGUUUGGCAUCACUUUGUUUGAUGGAGAGCAACAGAGAGGCCCUCUCUGACGGCUGCCAUGGCAACCAGUUUGUGAUGUUUGACGACGUGCCGCUGUACUGGGACGCCUGGGAUGUGAUGGACUACCACCUCCAGACCAGGAGGCCAGUGACGGAGGUGGUGGAGCCCGUUCAGGUGGUGUCCCCCGGGGGCCUCCGGGGCAGCGUGAGUUUCACCCUCCGGAUCAGCCCCAAGAGCACCGUCACCCAGGAGGUGGUGCUGGACGCCAUGAGUCCCUACGUCAGGUUCAACACGCAGGUGGAGUGGGGGGAGUCACACAAGUUCCUGAAGGUGGAGUUCCCGGUGCGCGUGCGCAGCUCCAACGCUACAUACGAGAUCCAGUUUGGCCACCUCCAGAGACCCACCCACAGGAACACGUCCUGGGACUGGGCCCGCUUCGAGGUAUGGGGUCACAAAUGGGCUGAUCUGUCUGAACACAACUUUGGAGUUUCUCUGCUGAACGACUGCAAAUAUGGUUAUUCCAUACAUAAGAACCUCAUGACUCUGUCUCUACUUCGAGCACCCAAGGCCCCUGAUGCCAACGCUGAUAUGGGCGCUCAUCUCUUUACAUACGCCAUCAUGCCACAUGCAGGAUCCUUCCAGACGGCCGGCGUCAUCCAGAGUGCCUACAACCUCAACUACCCUCUGAGGCUCUUCAAGACCAGCGCUGACACGGCCCCGUGGAGCGCCUUCUCGGUCGCCGCCGCCGCCGUUGUCCUCGAGACCAUCAAGCAGGCUGAGGACUCAAGAGGCACUCUACUGGUUCGCUUGUACGAGUCCCAUGGCAGCAGUGUGACCACAAUGCUCCGUACAGACCUUCCCCUCCAACAGGCCUGGCAUUGUGAUCUUCUGGAGCGUCCGGAUCACACUCAGCCAGCCCAGAUGACCUCAGAAGGAAUCACUCUGGGGUUCGGUCCUCAUCAAAUAAGAUCACUCCUCCUUGUUCUAAAAUAAGCACGGCUGGGAGUGACUCAAAGAAUGAAUCAAUAAACAACCUACUUAUUUUGACACAGUCGUGAUUGUAAGUCCUUUAAUGGCCGUUACGUUCGGACUGGAAUUCCAUUAAUUCAUCAUGUCGGUAGCCAUGGUCAUUUCCUGAGAGGACUUAUCUUGUUUUGUUCCCUAAACACUGCAAAAAGUACUCUGAAUCAAAGGCUUUUUGUAAAAGUGAAAAAGUUUUAAUGUUUAUGAACGUGUUUCAGAAAGAAAAAAGUCAUGGUCCCAUUUUUUCCCUGGUCCAUUUGGGUCAGCUUAUUGUCUGGUUCUGCCUCUUUGUUUCUCUGUAAAAGAAUACUCUGAGUACCGCAUCAUACUUAAUGUGUCCUCGCAUUUUGAUUUUGAUCCAACAACACAUACAUAUAUAAAAUCUAUUAAUGGAUGCCUUUUAGCUAUGCUUGUUCUGACUCAAGUUUUCUUACCAGCGAUUAUUAAAAUAGUGAAUGUCCGCUCUUCCCGCCUUAGCGUGCCUCACUGGUCUUGUUACUACGCAAACAUCUUGUGUUGUCACAGGUGCGCGUCACUUCCCCCUCUUGUUUAACCUUCCGUUUCCUCAAGCCAGUCUUGCUAUUUGGGGCUUCCUGCUUGACACCCUUUUCUGUCUUGACUUUAGGGACAAUUUCAGCAACCUGGAAAAAAGGACUUUGUUUAAGAACAGAUAUAUAUAUUUUUUUUAACACACGUAAACAAAGGGUUUGCCUUUUCUCCUGACCAUGGCGGCAUCGUUGUCUUCUUUCUUCACUCUCUUCUUUGCUUUUGUUGAUUUGCACUCUAAUGAGGGAGAAGGCAACUAUGGUUUCUCAUUCAACUCUAAGAAUAACCGCCCCGAAAAAGAUGACUAGAUGUCAAAAAAGUAUUAUACAAUAGAGUUUUGUUUGCCUCUCUUACCUUUGGGUACCAUGGGGCCUGAGUCACCCUGAAAUUAAAAAAACACAAUUCAUUAGUUAAACGUUUUUCCUUGAAUUGUUCCAUCAAGGACAGCCAGCCAUGAUUUCACCCCACUCACACUGAACCACAUGGUUCUGCCAUUGUGGUCUCUGGUGCUUUUCAUUCCGGCCACAUAGUAACACCGCAGCCACGCCUGGAAGUCGGAGUGGUCGGCCUUCUGGGGGUCGUAACCUUUCCCACCUUAGAGAAGUGACGGUAUAACAGCAGUCAAUCAAACUGAGGCACACUGACCAUAUUUGACUUUGCAUCGAUAAAUUCGUUACCACAUACAUUUUGGUGAUGGGGUGAAUUAAUUUGUUCGUAACCUGAGAGACAAUGCGGCAAAACAAAAGCUACAUACCCAUGUUCACGACCUCCAGAGGAACGGUGUGGCACAACCUCAGUAGAUCAGCAGGUUGAGACGUGCGUUUCGACUCCCUGUCGGAGGUCUUUGAAAACAAAAGCGUUGUCAAUAGUCAGUUAUUGGUGGAUCUUGGCGAUCAGAGACUGCGAGUUUACCUUUUGGUCAUCAAGCUGUUCUUUCACAGGGGUAGUAUCUGCAGCCAGAUCCUCUAGCUCAAGGCUUUCCAACACAGUCCUUGCCUGCACAAAGGGUGGAAUGCUCAGCCUGACAAAAGAAAAGGGACACUUAUUUUUUGUUAACAUUCUUAACUAAAGUCUAUCCUGUUCUUAAUCAUGUAUUAAUAGCAGUGGCCCCUGGAGGAUUUGGAGAGGAAGCUAAACACAAUGUUGUAAUCUUGUUUAUUGUUUUCAACCUUGUGAAACGAAUCAUGCAUGCCCAAUACCUGAAAAGGAUCUCUGCCCGCAAGUAGUUUCCAAUGCCGUUGAAGUAGUUCUGGUUAAGCAGGGCCUCACAGAUGGGCCUUUCGAAAGCCCGGUUGGACAGAUUGGAGAGCACCUUUUUUCUGAAAG